AUGAAUUUUAAGGAAGAGCAAAUUCUUGAAUAUCUCGAUAAAUUAUAGCUCUAAAUAACUGAUCCAACUCAAAAGUAAUAAGAUUACUAUGAGUCAAAAAAGCAUAAAAUAAAUUAAGAACAUAAACACUUUGAUAGCGAUCCUUCAUCCCCAUUUUCGCUUAGAGAGAUACUUAGCCCAAUAUCUCUCUUUCACACAUAUAGUAUUUAAACUUGCGAUAUUAAUAAUACUAAUAAUAAUAACCAUCAUCAUAAUCAUCAUCAUAAUCAACAGAUUCAUCAUGCUCAUAAUUUAUUCAGAUUACAUUUAAAUACACAUUCAUUGGUUGAAAAGAAAGUAGAAUUUUGA